GUAGGCUGGAAAAUUCAGUUUGUAAGACCCUUGAACAAGGGAACACAAUGUACUGCAUCCAUUUUUGACUCUCUUUGUAUGUGAAAUUGUGUAUUCUGUAUUGUUUUUCUACAGCAUUCGGAUCUCCUCCUCUUCCAAGUUGGACCAAAUUAGACAGCUGCUCGUUUUAACAUUGACUGCCAAUGUGUCUGGGCGGCUUCUCGAUAGCUAAUCUAGUAACUGGAGGUUAAUUAAUUUGGACAACUGUUGUUCAGCUCUGUCCUUAACUUGCAAAUUAUUUUUUUCUGAAUUAUUUUGUCAUAUCACCAGGCUUUAAAUAUAGUCUCUUCGAAAUAGUUCUCUGUAAAAUAUAGUUGGAGAGUCUCCUUAUCAGGGAAGGAGUCUGGGAUUUCAGAUUUAUUGUAACUGGUGUAAUGGUUGCCACAGACUUCGUAUGUUCAGGCUGAGGGGAGGAGGGCAAUGAACUGUAACAGAAAACUGAGCUGGUUCUGGUUGCAGCAUCCUUGCAAAACGAGGAAGGAGUGAGUUCAGUGAUGAAUACAUAGGUGUAUGAUCUUCUGAUAGGAAUCUGGGGCUUGUUCUAACAGCCUCAAAGUGUAAGAGAAUUAUUGCAUAUGUCAUGUGAGUUGUUCCUAGAGCAAAACGCUGUCAUCUCAUAUAAUUGGGACAUACAAGUGUGGCCACUGUUGCAAAAUCUACUGCUAUUUCUUGGAGUACAUGUCCUUCCCUGGUCCGUGUGUCACUGAUACUGGAUUCUGUCCUGUGGCCUCAGACAGUGCAUCCCACAGCAAAGGCAAAUUCCCAUUACUAUCUGACGGAGCAGUGCUUGGGGAUGGGGGAGUAAUGAGCCUUGAGGCAACAGGGGGUGUGUUAGGCCAGUCUGCCAACCCAGCAGGAGCGUGGAGAUCGCCAAAGGCUUAAUUUCAGUUUGUUGGUGUCAGAUUCAUACGUCUUAAUAUGGAGUUUCCAGUUUCCGAAGGAAAUUAGAUAUCAGUAAAUAUUGAGAGAAGAAAUUGUUCCUUUUAAUUUUGCUUCCUUCACUAUUUAAUCCUCUUCUUGUGGAGUGCAGGGUAUCAAGCUAUAUCACCUUUUUACUCUUAAUACUCCUAAUACAUAGUUUUGCAAGUUAUUUUAGCUUUGACUGAUAAGAUACAGAUAUGAAUUGAAAUAUUUUUACAUGGAACAUGAUUUACCAGCAGCAUACACAGUGGUGGGCAGCAUUAUAGAGAGCAUUUGACCUGAGUUGAGUUCAUUUGCAGAUGAUCCCAUGCCUGCCAGUUAAACAUUUGGCAUAAUCAUCACAAUUGAAAUUUGGGCUGUCGUGCCUAUAAACUGCAAGCAGUGUUUGUUUGUUUGUUUGUUUGUUUGUUUGUUUGUUUUUCCUUGUGUGAGAAGAUCAGUUAUUUGUGAAAGCAUUCUUUGAGCCUUGUGGCGGGGGCUGACUGACCGUUCCUAAAGGGAGUUGUGUGACAUACUGUUGUCCACUUAAUGAAAUUACAUAUGGAAAGGGUAUUAAGAGAGAACUUUUAGGAUUUGCAUCUGGUCACAUAUAUUCAGUAUUUUGGAAAGACCCCAGUGUGGAGUUCUUGUAUGCCAGGAUGGUGAGUUCUUAUCACAUGGGCUCAUGUAUGUUUUUUGGAUUAUUUUGGAAAACUAAGAGUUUCUUUCCUGGCAGGCAGGAUUCCAGUGUUCAGAAUAUGACUGGUUGGUGCCCAUGGCCCUGGGAAAUCUUUUGCAUCUGGCAUUUGUUGUCUAAAGGUUGUAUGGGCAAGUAUGAACAUUAAAUACUCCUUUUGGCUGGAGGUUCAUCGUAACUGUGCGAAAGGGCCUCCAAGAAUCAUCUCUCUGCAUUGUGUAGUAUGUUCUGGGUGUCAUUACAAAAGUACUAGCUAUAACCCCAAAGUUGGGAAUACUCCAAUUUAUAUGGGAGCUGGCAAAUGCAUCUACUUUCUGUUGGGCUACAGAAAAUCUUAAAAGGGAAGGAGACCUAGUAAGGGUUGAUCAGUAUGUAUUUCACCAUUAAAACGGUAGAGGAGAAUGCACCAGCUUUUAGGAUGCUCCAGAGCUAACCAGUGCAGGUGAUACUCCCGUCUGUGUUAUUUUAGGGUCAUAUCAGCAAGUGAUAAAACAUCAGGGUGUUAUACCAGGCAUAAGCAUGAAGUAAUUGGUUGUGCUGUGUCUCCUGUUACAUUUAAGAGUAAUUAUGGUCAGUGAAGGUCACUGGCUGCACCUAAUGCAUAUGCAUCACAUGAUGCAUCAGGGCAAAAGUCAGGUCUUAGGAGCCAUCCUUUCAUGGGUUUGGUUCUGAGUGUAAGGAUUUAUGAACAGAAUAUCCUAAACACUUUCUGGAGUUCUGUAGUGUUGCAGUGGCGAGUGCUACCCUCACUGUUUAGUUCAGCCCAGUAGGUGAAUGCAGAUAUUCCAAAGUGCAAAUGUUUGGGGCGCACUUGGCAUUACCUGCUACUAGAGACCCGUGUUUACGGGGCUGUGUUCUUUCCCACUCCAGGAUCUGAUGCAACAGUUUUAAUAAAGGAAAACCUAUGUUUGAGCAGAAGCAUGGACCAGACAGUUUGCUGGUCCAGCAGAGAGGUUUCAGUGCUAACAGAAAAGGUCUUGUGUCCUGAGUCCACACCUGGUCUUGCAGCUGCCAUCUGUGACAGAGCCUGGUGAGAGUAGGAGGAAAACUUGUGCAGUCUCUUCCUGCCUUUGUGGGCAGUUCUGAUGCUCCUUAUUUCUAUCAGCUGGGCCCUUUCUAGCCAUCUUAUCGAGCAUGACCUGAAAGUCAGUGGGGACAUUAAAAGGACUUAAAUUUCUUCAGGCUAAGUCAGGUUCGUUAUACACGUAUCAGGUUGGCAAAGUCUUCCCUGUGUGUUCCUGACCUGCAGGUGCUCCAGAUUCAAUCAUCUUCAUAUCAGUGUUGACACCAGGAGGUACGACAGGAACACCUACAUUCUCAUGUGCUGUUUUCCUUUAUUCCUCUCUGUUGUAUGAUUCUCCCACGCAGGAUGCUCUUUUAAAACAGCAGCAGAUAGCUGUCUCAGCUUGUCUGAUCAGAGCUGUUCUGAUCUCUUAGAAGUGUCCCUGGGAUAAUAACAUAAUAACAGUUUUACGGGUCGCUUGGGGUCUGUUAAUGGUGUUGAGUUGGACUUGGGAAAGCAGCGUGUUUACUGGAAAUGACGUGAGCGUGAUGCACUUAUUUAAUCAGGGCUUUGCUAGCUGUGAUUUUCAGGUAUAAAAUCCAACUGGCUUCUUUAAAAAUACUUAACACUGGAUUUGCUUGUGGAUGACUGGCCAAAUGUUGCCCUGUUUUUUGCUGGCAACUCCUAGAGCACUGAGCACUGGAAGCACGAAACCCCAAGAAUUUUUGGAGAGAUUAUUUAGAAGAUAAGCACAAAAGUUUUUGCACAAGACAGGUUCCUGGAAAAAGUGGUUUAGAACUACCAACACAACACUUUGUUAGUGCCAGACUAGUUUCACUAUCCUGACUAAGAAGAAUGGGUGUAAAUAACCUGACUGAGGCAAAAUAUUUAAAAAAAGUUAAAACACUUGUUCAGAAAUUACAGGUGCAAAAACUGAAAGAAAUGUUUCUGUUUUUAUGGACUGAGAACAGCUAUUUAGCCAGAUAGUGUAACACUGUAGCUUGUUCCUGUUAGUGUCCCCACUCCAUGAUCUUGUUUAAACAAUGGUGCUCGGAUUUUGUUCUGCUGUCAUCAGUAGGGCUUCAGAUAGUAACCACGAUGCUCAAGUUAUCACUGCUUUUACAUAUAGUUCAAUUACUUAGAAUUGGAUUUCAAGCAAUUUCAGGCCUAUGGGGGAAGGGAAUGAAAGUUUAAAUUAUAUUCUAAUUCUCUACUUGGUCCUUCUUUAUUCCCAAGCCUGUUUGUGUAUAGCGGUCAGGAUUGUUGGGAAGUGUUAGGAUCUGGACUUUGCAUCCAAGGGCUAAGUUGUUGUUACUUUGUAAAAUUAUUUGCUUUCAAUAAUGCAUCUUUUUUUUUGUUUGAAUUUAAAAUAAAUUAUUUUGCUUCUUAAAUCACUUUUUUAAAGAAUAAACUCUGUGAAUUCUUUAGUUGUUUCUUUUGUGGUAGUGCUCUGAGGGAGGGAUCCACAACUGGCUUACAGAAUGCUUAUCAGUGCUAUCUGUGCUUUCUCAACUGGCUCUGGAUUUACUCAAAUUGUUGAUUCUGUAAUGCAGCAUGAAUGGCUAUAUCAUGUGUUUGCUGUAGCACCAGUAACAGGUGAAAUCUGCUUUAAGACACACCAUAGGUUUGGUUCAUAGUCUGAGUUUAAUGACUUCACCAGUCUGUGUUGUCACAUGCAUCUUGUGUUACUGUUAAGUCUUUAUAUUUACAGAGAGGUCUCAUAAUUUUUUUGUUGACUUUGUCCUUUGAAAGCACACUUUCUGAGAGCAAAAAGGGGGGAAAUCUCUUUACUCAGUGUUCCAGGAGUGAAAUCGGCUAUAAAUUCUUCUUGUGUCCAAAUCAUGCUCUCCGUUAGGCUUUAAAAUUGUUUAGUUCAGUCUUAAAUAAUUUGAUGUUGGCUUUUCUCUUGUGUAAGGCAAUGCUGUGUUUGACCACUAUGCUUAAGUGUGUUUCUCCUAAUACAUUGUGUCAGACCUCUGGAACACAGAGUCCAAUUUCUUUUCUGUGUGUAAGGAGCUAAAGAAUAAACUCCUCAUAACAGAAGAGUUCAUGAUACCGUAAUGCAGCUGUUGUACAGCACUUUUAAGCUUAAAAAAAAAAAAAGUCAUGUUUCUGAAUUUGGGGUUUUCAGCUCCCUUUAUUUGUACUUAACUGGCUAGUUCCCGCUGUGAGCUGUGCACACUCAGAGUAUUGGAGUCUAGAGACACUGCAAGGUAGGGUGGAAGUACCACCUCUUUUGAAUGGCAAGUAAUACGGUGUUAUCCCUUAGCCUGGCUGUCAGAAACCAGAGGUGUGAAGGGUGGAUGUUCACACUAAACGGCUGGAUCCGUUUUUUCCCUAGAGUAGCUCUCCAUUUAUCUUCAUUGCUGAGUAUUCCAGCCAUUCUUACCAUCUUUAGUGUCACAGAAAGUCCAGUUUGGUUAUGAUGUUAUUUGGUGUUUCCAUAAAUAAUGAUGAGUGGGAUCAGAACAGUCACCUUGUGCUUGUUUUUCUCUCUAGGCAGCGUAGAGGUACCUAGUCAGUUGUGAGACAGUAUCCCCAGCUCAUACCAGUUUCUGCAGGAGAGCUGUUGUUGCACAGCCUGACACAGGGCUGCAGCCUGAGAAGAGAGAUGGAUGAUGCAAUGCAGUCCUUUGCAGAGAAGGUCUUUGCUUCAGAAGUGAAAGAUGAGGAGAUCAGGCAGGAGAUCUCACCUUUUGAUGUGGAAGACAUCUGCCCCAUCUCACGCCAGGAAAUGAGAGAGCACAUAAUACAUCAGGAGAGCUCUGCCACAGCAGAAAAGCGGAGGAAGCGCCUGCUCCGCCUGAAGACGAUUGCACUGGCUGUCCCUGUGGCUCAGAAGUCGAUGACCAGACUGUCCACUAUUGACGAGGUCAUCUCCACCUCCCCCCUGUACCAGACUGUGCCUGACUUCCAGCGGGUACAGAUCACAGGGGAUUACGCCUCUGGGGUGACAGUUGAAGAUUUUGAAGUUGUCUGCAAAGGUCUGUACCGUGCCCUGUGCAUCCGAGAGAAAUACAUGCAAAAGUCUGUGCAGAGAUUCCCCAGGACCCCAUCUCAGUACCUGCGCACUAUUGAAGGCGAGGUCUGGAGGGCAAGUGACACUGGUCCAGUGUUCACCCCACCAGUGAAGGAUGGACAGGAUCCCUUUGCAACUGAGGAUCUGGAGGAAGACCUGGGGUACCAUGUCCAGAUGAACGAUGGGGUAGUUUACAUCUACAGCGACAAGGCAGCAGCUGACAGAAAUGAGCCAAAGGACCUCCCCUACCCCAGCCUCAAGCACUUCAUUGAUGACAUGAACUUCCUCUUGGCUCUGAUUGCACAGGGACCUGUCAAGACCUACGCUCACCGGCGCCUGAAGUUCCUCUCAUCCAAGUUCCAGGUGCAUGAGAUGCUGAAUGAGAUGGAAGAAAUGAAAGAGCUGAAGAACAACCCCCACCGGGACUUCUAUAACUGCCGGAAGGUAGACACACACAUACAUGCUGCAGCCUGCAUGAACCAGAAGCACCUCCUGCGCUUCAUUAAGAAGUCGUAUUGUGUGGAUGCUGACCGGGUCGUUUAUGAUGCCAAGGGCAAACAGCUCACCCUGAAACAGCUUUUCCAGCAGCUCAAUCUGCACCCCUAUGACCUGACAGUGGAUUCCCUGGAUGUCCAUGCUGGGCGGCAGACAUUUCAGCGCUUUGACAAGUUCAAUGCCAAAUACAACCCCAUGGGUGCCAGUGAGCUGCGUGACCUCUAUCUGAAGACAGAGAACACGAUCAAUGGCGAGUACUUUGCUACCAUCAUCAAGGAGGUUGGCUCUGAUCUGGAGGAUGCCAAGUACCAGCAUGCAGAACCUCGACUCUCAAUCUAUGGGCGCUCAGCUGAGGAGUGGCCCAAGUUGGCCAGCUGGUUCAACAAACAUCAUGUCUAUUCCCCCAACAUGAAGUGGAUGAUCCAGAUACCCAGGAUUUAUGAUGUGUUCAGGUCUAAGAACUUCCUCCCACACUUUGGGAAAAUGCUGGAAAAUAUCUUUGUUCCUGUGUUUGAGGCAACCGUCAAUCCUCAAGCCCACAAAGAGCUGAGUGUCUUUCUACGCCACAUCACUGGCUUUGACAGCGUGGAUGAUGAAUCCAAGCACAGUGGACACAUGUUCUCCACCAAAAGUCCAAAGCCAGAGGAGUGGACCUGUGAGAAGAACCCAUCCUACACCUACUAUGUGUACUAUAUGUAUGCCAACAUCCUGGUGCUUAACAACCUACGUAGGCAGCGUGGUAUGAACACCUUCCUCUUCCGUCCACACUGUGGGGAAGCUGGGGCUAUCACACACCUGCUUGCAGCCUUCAUGACAGCAGAUAAUAUCUCCCACGGCCUCAACCUCAAGAAGAGCCCAGUGUUGCAGUACCUGUACUUCCUUGCCCAAAUUCCCAUCGCUAUGUCCCCGCUCAGCAAUAACAGCCUCUUUCUGGAGUAUGCAAAGAACCCAUUGCCUGACUUCCACCAGAAGGGUCUCAUGGUGUCCCUUUCUACCGAUGACCCCAUGCAGUUCCAUUACACCAAGGAGCCCCUCAUGGAGGAGUACGCCAUCGCUGCCCAGGUCUUCAAGCUCAGCACCUGCGACAUGUGCGAGAUUGCCAGGAACAGCGUUGAUAUUUUUGACAUGGUUGUCAUUUUUCCUUAA